AUGAUUCUACCAAUUCACGGCUUGGAAGGCAGACCACUGCCGCCAUUGUGGUGGGCGAUUCCUUUCGCAGCAUUUGCAGUCCUUCUUUAUCGAAUCAUCUCUGCCGUUCGAGAUCCUCUUAGACACAUCCCGGGUCCGUUCCUUGCGAGAUUUACUCGGCUGUGGCUGUUUCGCCAAUACUACCGCGCCGACUACGAGAAGACGGACAGGAGGUUGCACGAGAAAUACGGUCCCAUCGUUAGGAUUGCCCCUGGACAGUACAGCAUCGACAGUCUCGACGCAGCCAAAACCAUCUACGGCCACGGUAGCCAUUUUGCCAAGAAUGAGUGGUACCUGCCAUGGGGCAAUCCUGCUCUGAGCAAUCUCUUCAACGAGUUGAAUCCGAAAGUCCACUCCGCCAUGCGCCGACAAGUCGCCAACGUCUACUCCAUGUCCAACAUGGUCUCGUACGAGCCAUACGUCGACGAGUGCACCGACAUCUUUGCUCAGCGAUUUUCCGAAAUUUCUGACGAGGGUCGCGUGAUUGAUCUUGGACACUGGUUCCAGUGCUACGCUCUAGAUGUCAUUGGCAAGAUUACGUUCUCCAAGCGCUUCGGGUGUCUAGACGACGGGGGAGAUCCACAGGGAGUCAUCAAGGCGCUAGACGAAGUCCUGACGGUCAGCACCCUAACCGGUGUUUAUCCGCGCGUGUACCCCUAUCUAUUCAGCGUUCUCAUGCACCUUGGAUCAGGUAAGGAGCCAAGAGGGAACGCAUAUAUAGUCAAGUUUUCACGAGAUCAAGUCGCUGCCAGCCGGGUGGAAGAGAAGCCCAAAGAGGGACCUCAGGAUUUCAUUUCCAAGCUCCUUCAGACUCAGAAGGAGCGGCCCGAACUUAUCGACGACGCGUCCAUUCAGACAGCUGCAAGCACCAAUGUUGGCGCUGGAUCGGAUACGACGGCGAUCUCCCUCAGCGCCAUCAUGUACUACCUCUGCAGAAACUCGGGGACAUUGGAAAAGCUGCGUAAAGAACUGGACAAUGCCGAGGCGGAGGGAUCGAUCUCGAACCCGAUCACUUUCAGGGAAGCCCAGGCAUUACCUUACCUUCAGGCUGUCAUUAAGGAAAGCCUCCGACUGCACCCUGCCACCGGACUCACCAUGCCUCGUGUGGUGCCUGAGGGUGGUAGACAACUGGCAGGAGCCUUCUUUCCUGCAGGAAAUGUAGUGGGAAUCAAUGCCUGGAUCGCGCAUCACAAUAAGGAAGUUUUUGGUCAUGAUGCGGACGACUUCAGGCCGGAGCGAUGGAUUGACUCAAGCAAGGAGCAAAAGAGCGCCAUGGAAUCAUACUUCUUCGCCGGCUCGCGCACCUGCAUCGGCAAAAACAUCAGCUUGCUGGAGGUGUCGAAAGCCAUUCCCAGAGUCGUGCAGAACUUCGAUUUGAUACUGGAGAAGGAGGAUGACUGGAAAUGCACCAAUUACUGGUUCGUAAAGCCUCGAGACUUUUUCGUCAGAGUGAAGAAGAGGGGAUCGUGCUGA